AGUUGCCAUGGCGGGGCUGACGGGUCUGGCCGCUGCGCUGGAGUCGUACAGAGGCCGGGACCGCCUGAUCCGGACCCUGGGGUACAGCUGCCAGCUGGUUGGUGGGGUCCUUGUGGGACACUGUCCGGCCAGGUCAGAAGUGGGGACACGCCUGCUGGUACUGUCCUCCCAGCUCAGCCACUGUAGGACCAUCCUUCGGCUCUUCGAUGACCUGGCCAUGUUCCUGUGCACCAGGCAGUAUGGCCUGGGGGCCGAGGAGGAAGACAUCUUGGUUCGCUGUUUGUCUGUCCUGGGCAACCUGGCUGACCAGCUGUACUACCCCUGUGAGCACAUCGCCUGGGCCGCUGACACCAAGAUCCUCCCUGUGGACUCUGCCCGGUGGUGGGUGCUGAGCACGGCCUUCUGGGGCCUCUCCCUGCUGCUGGGGAUUGCCAGGUCCCUGUGGAUGGUCCUGAAGCUGAGACAGCGGCUGAGGAGCCCCUCUCCAGCCUUCACCAGCCAGCUGCCCCGGAGCCAGCGGAGGGCCAUGCGGGCCCAGAUGCAGUCCGAGCUGCUGACUGUCCUGAGCAACCUGGCUGACCUGGCCAACGCCGUGCACUGGCUGCCCCCAGGUGUCCUGUGGGCAGGCCGCUUCCCCCCGUGGCUGGUGGGCCUUCUGGGCACCAUCUCCUCCCUCCUCAGCAUGUACCAGGCCAUCUGGGCCAGUGGCUGCGCUGACACCGCCAACUCCUGACAUGGCCUGGGGACGUGUGGACACAGCUGGAACCUUGAUGGAGGGGCCUUUCCCACAGAGCAAUCACCCAGGCUGGGGCUAGGGGCUGAGUCUGUAACUGAGCAAACCAAGGCCAGGUGUGGGGAGAUGCCACCCAGAAAAUAGGGAGCAGCCCAGGGGGUACAUGCCCACAGUGGGGCAGGAUAUGGACCGAAGGUGAGGUUCCUCAGGUGCUAGGGGCCUGGUCCUUUCCACCCAGGCCUGGCCUCUUGUGGAGGUGUGUCUCAGGGCCAGAGCAGAGGACCCAGGGGCUCCCAUGCAGGGGACAAGGCCACAGUGGGCCUCAGCAGACCCUUGCUUCCAUCCCUGCAUUCUGCAUUCAAAUAAAGACAAGCAGGGGCCAGGACCAAAUUGAGAAUUACUUGACAGUGUGGUGCUGGGGCUGGCGGGUCCUUCCUCCUAGACUCACCAGCUUCUGGCCCUGUCCAUCCACAGGUCUGCUCACUUCCAUGCCUCCUCUCCCUGCUGGGGGGCACCUGUGCCUUAUUUGAGGGAGGGCGUGCAGGGGCCACCUCUGGGUAUGGUGGCUGGUGGGCACCCACAUGUCCCGAGCUACCUCCAGCUGGUGGGUCCUCUCAGACUCAGCCAGCACAGCCUGCUGCUCCUGAGCAGCCCUCUCCCACAAGGACUGGCUACUCCUGUUGUCACUUGCACACCCACCUGUG